AAUCGUCUAUCCCGCCGGUUUUCGGGAAAUGAGCAUCUCACAAUCGUUGCUAGCUUUUACUUGGCCCGUUGGCCGAUUAAUUUGCUUUAUAAAACUUUCAUCUUGUCAUCAUUGUGCUUUCUGUUUUUUUUUUUUGCCAAGCCAUGAUAAAAUCUAAAGAAAUCAAGAAUGAACAACACGAUUUGGGAUAGGUAACAUCGUUCCUGUAUCAUAAAAAAUGGUGGUAAACACGGACUCACCUGCCAAACUGGUUUGGAUUGAGAUUUUUAUCGGGUAUCAGGGAACCAUGUGAUUAUAAAUUAGAUUUGAUCAAAAUGGGCCAAAACUUGAAAUUCAGCCUGUUUGACCGACCCAUGCCAAACUCUAAUUAUUCUUUACUUUUAAACUUUUUAUUUGAAAAUAAAAAAUAAUGAAAGAAAAGAGAUGACUGCAAUUUGCCAUUUGCACAUCACUGAUUCGGGAAUAAAACUAUGGAAUUUCGAAAGGAAACGGAAAAUGUUUAGGAUCGUUUUAAUGUUAAAAAUAACCAAAUAAAUAUUUCUGUUUAGUUUUUUACUAACAAAUGCCAAACGAUUCCCUAUAAUAUACACUAUAAGUUAAUCAUUAUGAUAUCAAAUAAUUACAUAAUAUAUAUUUGAAAUGAUAAAAAUUGGACUAAUUGGGUUGGUCGAGGUUGAACCAUUGAAUAACUUUAAAAUACAUUAUAUUUUAGCCACUAAGAUAUAAAAUAAUAGCAUAAUAUUUAUUAUGCUAUAGAAAAUAGCUUGUUUUAGAAUGACAAACCCAUGAUGUUCAUUUGUUUUACUUGAUGGGCAAAUUCCGUGUAGGUCAGACUCAUUCAACUCUUUUAUUUUAUGAUUAGCGGUUAGCCCAUUAGAAUCCAUGCAUUAGUUUAUUGUUAAAUUUUUUUCUUUUUAGCAAUAAAAAGGAGUAUUGUUUUUGUCUUUUCAUAUAUAUUUUACCACCACAAAGAAAUAAAAGGACUUAAAGAAAAAAAUUGACACUCCUGGACCCGUUUAAAUCCGCAUGUGUAAGAUAAGUUGGCCCGUUCCACAGAGGAAAAGGAAAAAAUGGACACUCCCUAUUCUACUAUUCCUACAAACGCUCAUGGAGCAUGGAAUUUGAAAUGGGAGAAUGGUUUUUUCCUCUCUGCGAUUAUAUGUUUUUAAUUUAAAAAGAUACAACAAAUAUACUUAGGGGUCGUUUGGAAGUUGUGAUUGUUAAAUAGAUGUAUUGUUGAGAAUGGAUGUAUAAUAUUAUACAUGUAUUGUCGAAUUUGAUGCAUUGUAGAAUACAACGUUUGGUAUGUGUGAUUGUGUAUGUAGCACCAGCUAAAAGCUGAGACAAAACAAUCUCAACUCAACUAUCUCAACAAUCACAACUAAAAAGUUGAGAUAUAACAAUCACUCAAAAUGAGUGAUAGUUUCUGUUACAUCACAGAAACAAUCCAUGUAUUGUUUCUGCUAAAAAAACAAAAAAAAACGAUGCAUUGUAAACAAUACAUGCAUAAUGACAAUCUCAACAAAACUAUCGCAACUUUCAAACGACCCCUUAGUGUGAUUGGUUAUGAUCUUUGCUUUUUUUUUUUAAGUUGUCAUAGUUCGAAUCCUAGUAAGUGUCUUUUUAAUGAAUAAAUAAAAGUAAUUGUGAAAACCAAAAUGUCCUUCUUACUUUCACUCUGGAUGUAGGAAAUUUGAUCACUCUGGAUGCAGAAAAAUUAAUUGGGGCUUCAAGUUUUCUCAUUUGACUUUUACUUAUUGUGUAAAAAAGCUCCGGCCAGAAACUAUUUAUGCAAAAACUACCGCCAAACUAAGCCUUGUGAAAUUCAAAUUCUUCAUAGUUUUCACAUUGAGUGAAGGCAACGAGAGACCCAACAGUCAGGAGACCGCCGGCGACCGGCCGGAGGCGGAGUCAGAAUCAGAAACAAAGCCAAAUACCAAGCAACCCUUUUCCCCCGAGAAGAUGCAAGUUCAGAAAUUAGCAGGAUGAGGGAAUUAUUCUGAGUUUUACUCCUGUCCAAGACCUAACCAGGAUUCCUCGUUCUUCCCCCAAAUUGUUUAUUCACAGACAAAGACAGAGCAACAAACAGAGAAUUCACGGCUAAGGGUUGUCAAUUCCAGCCAGCGGCCAAAGAUUAUGUACUACAGGAGAUGACCAUGACUGGGAAACCUUGCCCAUAAGACCAGGUAUUCUUGUUAAUCAUUUCUGUUCUUUUGCAUAGAAACUUGACCAAUCGUUGGUGAUGGAAGAGUAGAAUAUGUAGCCAAUUCCAUCGUCACGUCGUCACUUGUGGCUGUUAGCAUAGAACUCGUCGCCUUGUUCUUGUAGACUAUACAAUUGUCCUUUACCCAUAAGAUUGGAACAAACCUAACGUUUGCAGUAUGGAAAACCAACCAACGCAAUUAUCGAAAAUCAUAGCCUCAAGCAAGUUGUUCAAGACAAUGACUUCUUGAUUCGUUAGCUUCCGAGCCCCACUCACUCAAACUCUUGCACAUAAUUGCAGCUGGCAGCUUCUAUAUAUCGUCAACCUGCAAGUGUGACCUCUUGGCAAUUAACGGUUAAACAAUUCCCUUGUAGAAAAUAUCUUGUGUCUAUACAUAUACAUUGGUUGAUGGCUGAUGAUGCCGUCUGGACAAAAUUAAGAGAAACCAGAUAAAAAUACACAGAAAAGAUGGGAGAUUUAUCUGAGAGUGUAGUUACUCACUCUGAGAUUCAUGAUGUAAAUAAUAGUGUUGAUGUUCAUCGAAUGGGAGAAGGAAAAGAAGAGGAAGAAUUAGUGGAUGACCAUCCGAUUGAGGAAGUGAGGCUAACAGUUCCAAUCACCGACGAUCCAACCCUACCAGUAUUGACAUUCCGAACAUGGAUUCUGGGGCUCGCUUCAUGUGUGUUUCUGUCUGUGUUGAACCAGUUCUUUGGUUUUCGUUACAAUGGUCUUGGCGUUGGAGCUAUUUCAGCACAGAUUCUGGUCUUGCCACUUGGAAAGUUGAUGGCUGCCUCUCUUCCAAGAACAAAAUUCAGGGUUCCUUUCACAAACUGUUCAUUUUCACUGAAUCCAGGGCCAUUCAAUCUCAAAGAACAUGUGCUGAUCACCAUAUUCGCCAACUGUGGAGCUGAUGGAACUUAUGCUCUUUUCAUCAUUACUGCUAUUAGGGCCUUCUACCACAGAGGCAUCCAUAUUGUUGCAGCACUGUUGCUGGUUCAAACCACUCAGCUGCUUGGAUAUGGAUGGGCUGGACUGUUCAGGAGAAUUUUGGUGGAUUCACCUCAUAUGUGGUGGCCUGGAAAUAUGCCCCAAGUCUCACUAUUCAGGGCAUUGCAUGAAAAAGAGAAGAGACCAGCAGGAGGACAGACGAGGCUGCAAUUUUUCACCCUUGCUUGCGUAUCAAGCUUCGCUUACUACAUAGUUCCUGGCUACUUAUUCCCUUCCAUAUCAGCACUUUCAUUUGUGUGUUGGAUAUGGAAGGACUCGAUCACUGCUCAACAGCUUGGUUCAGGGUUGAAUGGGCUUGGAAUUGGCUCGUUUGGUUUGGACUGGUCCACUGUUGCUGGGUUCGUGGGAAGUCCUCUAGCCACGCCAUUGUUUGCCAUUCUCAAUACCAUGGCUGGUUUCCUCAUCUUCGUUUAUGUGAUUUUGCCGAUUGCUUACUACAACAAUGCAUAUGAAGCGAGGAGAUUCCCCAUGCUUUCACAACAGACUUUUGACAGUUCAGGUCAACCUUACAACAUCACAAGGAUUCUCAACGAGAAAGAGUUUGACAUCAAUCUUGGUGAAUAUAACAGAUACAGCAAGCUCUAUCUCAGCUUCACUUUUGCUUUCAACUAUGGAAUCAGUUUUGCAGCUCUAAUGGCGACUUUCACACACGUGGCACUUUUCGACGGAAAAUCAAUUUGGGAGCAGUGGCAAAGGGCUUCAAGUGGAAUGAAAGAGCAUUUUGCUGACAUCCAUACAAGAACGAUGAAAAAGAACUAUGAAGCCGUUCCUCAAUGGUGGUUUUUGGUGAUUAGUAUUGUAUCGCUAGCACUUUCUUUCGUGGCCAUUGAAGGAUUUAACAAACAACUGCAGCUUCCAUGGUGGGGACUCAUUAUGGCAUGUAGCAUCGCCUUAGUCGUCACAUUGCCCGUUGGGAUAAUUGUGGCCACCGCGAAUCAGGGAGUGGGGCUAAACGUGCUGACAGAGUUGAUCAUCGGAUACUUAUAUCCUGGAAGACCUCUUGCUAAUGUGACCUUCAAGACCUACGGCACCAUUAGCAUGGGACAAGCUCUGAAUUUCCUAUCGGACUUCAAACUAGGACAUUAUAUGAAAAUCCCUCCUAAGUCCAUGUUCGUCGUUCAGUUGGUAGGUACCGUAGUUGCCACGACAGUCCAAUUUGCAACAACAUGGUGGAUCCUGGGUAGCAUUAAGAACAUAUGCGAUCCAAAGAAGCUACCAGAGGGAAGUCCAUGGACAUGUCCUGGAUACGAUGUCUUCUACAGCGCUUCGAUCAUCUGGGGCGUGGUAGGCCCGCUCAGGAUUUUCAACGAUCUUGGAGUGUACCCUCAAAUGAACUGGUUUUUCCUAUUUGGGACGCUUGCUCCUGUCCCGAUAUGGCUGCUGUCGCGUAAGUACCCCGAGAAGAAGUGGAUCAGGCUAAUCUACAUGCCGGUUUUCAUUUCGGGUAUGGGUGGUUUACUUCCUGCAAAGCCAAUUCACUACCUGUCAUGGGGUGCUGUUGGAGUUUUCUUCAACUACUACAUAUACAGGAAGUUCAAAGGAUGGUGGGCUAGGCACACUUACAUUCUGUCAGCUGCUCUUGAUGUCGGGAUCGCGCUGUUGGGUUUGUUGCUCUACAUUGUGCUUCAGAGCAAGGAGAUCUACGGGCCGCAAUGGUGGGGUCUCGAAGCCGACGAUCAUUGCCCGUUGGCGAAAUGUCCAACGGUUCCUGGGAUUGAGGUUCAGGGGUGCCCUAAGAUUCACUAACGAGCAGCAUGUUCAUUUAUUUGAAGGAUAGAGCUCUUGUGAAUUGUGAUGAUGAAGUAUGUCAAUUGUAGAUUUGAGUUUCAGCUGGCAAAGGGAAUGGAGGUUCGCGUUAGAGAUCAGAAACUGGGACUACUGCAUAAUUCAAUUCCUUUUAGAAGAAGUAAAGUUUAUAAAAAUAGUUGGCCAAAAUAUCACAACUAGCUAGAGUUGUGAAGUGUCUGGAAUUAUCCAGAGGUUGUAUUAAUUAAAUUAGAUGUGAGUUAAGAAAAUGAAAAAAAAAACAGAGAAUUACAACUAGCUAGAUAUUUGUUGGCUAACUAGUGGUGGGGUGGUAGUUUAUGGUGGCAAAGUUUAGACCCUCAUCCCAAGCAAUGCAAAAACAAAGAAGAAAGAAGAGAUAGUGAGGGAGCAAUAGUGAGUUGAGGGAUGGGAAAUAAAUGCGAGAGUUGAGCUUUUCGAUCCAAUUUUUCCUACAAGUGGUAUCAGAGUAAAGCUCGUAUGUUCUUUAAUGUGGCUUAAGCUGAUCUUACACAUAAAAAGAGUGUAUUUUGCUUUGUUAUGAGUGCCAAGGUUAUUCCUCGUAUGCUCUCUGGUUGCUGCUUCGCCUGAUCUUUCACAUAAGAAAAUGGUUCCUUGUGCGUUGUUACAAGAAUUGGUUCAAUCGAGAGCCAGUAGUGACGAGAUCCCCACCAGGCAGUCAAAGGCUGCAAUUAUUUAAGUAAGAUUAAAAUAAAGAACUUGGAGAAGUUACCAAGUAAGAAGAUGGAGAGUUUCACACUUACCGUAAUUGAGAAAUCGAACGAGACCAACUACUCAAGUGCUUUAUUCGUUGGCAGUGCUUUGGUACAUUAUUCUCGGAUUAUCUUUGAAUCGUCGCUACAGCAAGAUCGCUCUUCAAACAGCUUGCAAACAUAACCCUCCUUUCUUUUUUGAAGCAUUCUAGUUGCUCCAUCAAAGUCUCUUCCCCACAACAAUUCAGAUUGUUCUCACUUCUUCACUCUUGAUAGGUACUCUACUCCUUUGGUUUGCCAACGAAUGGAGACUUCACAUUCUUAUCUGAUUUCUUCACUGUGAAAAUUAUAUAUAAAACAAAAGGAAAUAAAAACGUAAGCAUAUUGGAAACCACAUUCCAUUAAUUGUAAAUAUGUCAAACCAAAGCACUGCCGUGAUUUAAAAAAAACAUCCACCGGUGCUGGUUGUGUUAAUCGCCGGCGAGCUAUCCGGUACCGUGUCAUCUCCCAGCUGGUUGCAACAGGCGACACACCAUAGUCUAUGAUAACUACGUUCAUAGCAACCCAGGUGCUCGCAAUCAAAAAGCAUUGUUGGU